CACCGCGUUGGAUUGCAGAGAAAGGAGUCCCUAGUUUCUGGCUGACCGCUCUGAAAAACAAUGAUGUUAUUUCUGAGGAGAUCACAGAGCGUGAUGAAGGAGCCCUUAUAUAUCUUAAAGAUAUCAAGUGGUGCAAGAUUGAAGAACCAAAGGGAUUCAAACUUGAGUUUUUCUUCGACCAGAAUCCUUACUUCAAAAACACCCUAUUAACAAAGGCAUAUCAUAUGAUUGAUGAAGAUGAGCCUCUGCUUGAGAAGGCUAUUGGGACGGAGAUUGAUUGGUAUCCUGGAAAAUGCUUAACUCAGAAGAUUCUUAAGAAGAAGCCUAAGAAAGGUGCAAAGAAUGCCAAGCCAAUUACCAAAACUGAAGAUUGUGAAAGCUUUUUCAACUUCUUCAAUCCUCCCCAAGUUCCCGAUGAUGAUGAAGACAUUGACGAAGAAAGAGCCGAGGAACUUCAGAAUCUGAUGGAACAAGAUUAUGACAUUGGGUUCGUCUUCUUGAACAUAAUAAACUCUGUCAAUCUAAUUUGUUUCCGCCUAUCUUUUUACCAACUGUAUAAAAGCUCUAGCUAGCAUCUUUUGUCGUGAAGUUAUAA